AUGCUUCCCUCCCAACUCAAUAGCACGCCCAAGCGUGCCAGCCCGUUUGGGCGCUCCUCACCAUCGUCAGGACCAAUGUCACAACAACGGCCCAAGUCAGCCAUUUUAAGCCCCUCGCAUGGGUUGGAAUCGGCAAGAGGACAUCUUCGAAAUGCGUCGGUCUCUCAAAUUACACCGAAUCGAUCACCGGGCAACCUCUCUCGUGAGAGAUCGACCUCACUCCGCAAGGACGUCUCUUCUGGAACUUUUGCGCCAAGUUUCAUCAAAUCUGAAGAGCUCAAGCGAGGCGCAGACCAAAUACGUGGACUGGAGGGUGAUAAUGACUUCUCAGGGAACAAGUAUGUUUGGCUGCGAGACCCGGAAAAGGCAUUUGUUCGUGGUCUUGUAUUGGAGGAGCUUGAAAAUGGGAAUCUACUGGUGCAGACCGAUGAUGGAGAGCAGCGGGAGGUAGACCCAGAUCAGGUGGACAAGGUUAACCCGGCGAAAUUCGACAAAGCAGAUGACAUGGCGGAGCUGACCCAUCUGAACGAGGCUUCAGUGGUGCAUAAUCUGCAUACUCGGUACCAGUCGGACCUGAUUUAUACAUACUCUGGACUGUUCUUGGUAACGAUCAAUCCAUACUGUCCUCUCCCGAUAUACACCGCCGAGUAUAUAAAGCUGUACAAAGGUCGUGGAAGGGAAGAGACUCGCCCACAUAUUUUUGCCAUGGCAGAUGAAGCGUUUCGAAACCUCGUGGAAGAGGGAGAAAACCAGAGCAUCCUUGUGACUGGUGAAUCUGGCGCAGGCAAAACGGAAAACACAAAGAAGGUCAUCCAAUAUCUUGCAGCCGUCGCAACCUCUGAUACGCCUUACGGACGGUCAGGAUCGAAGCAGCUUUCAAAUUUGUCUCAGCAAAUUCUCCGCGCGAAUCCAAUUCUCGAAGCUUUUGGAAACGCCCAAACAGUCCGCAAUCACAACUCUUCGCGCUUCGGCAAGUUCAUUCGAAUCGAGUUUUCACGAUCAGGGCAAAUUUGUGGAGCAUGGAUAGAUUGGUACUUGCUCGAAAAAUCGCGAGUCGUCAAGCCAAACUCCAACGAGCGAAAUUACCACAUCUUCUAUCAGCUGCUGCAAGGAUCAGACAAGAGCCUUCGCGAGAAGCUCUUGCUCCACAACAUGCAAAUUCAGGACUUUGCAUACUUGAAAGAUGGCAAUGACUCGAUCGUUGGAGUCUCGGAUCAAGACGAGUGGAAUUCUCUAGUUGAGGCGUUCCAUGUCAUGGAAUUCACCGAAGAUGACCAACUUUCCAUAUUGCGCACAAUUGCUGCUGUGCUACACCUUGGCAAUGUGACAGUCGCGAAGGAAAGCGCGAGAGCGGACCAGGCUGCAUUGGCUCCAGAUGGCAUUAAAAGCGUGGAGAAGGCCUGCCAGCUUCUGGGGAUUCAGAGUGAACGAUUCAUCAAAGGCCUGCUGCAUCCAAGAGUCAAAGCUGGCCGGGAAUGGGUGGAAAAGGUUCAGACUCCCGACCAAGUGCGACUGGCCUUGGACGCCCUCUCGAAGGGCAUUUAUGCCCGCGGCUUUGGCGACCUUGUCACACGUAUCAACAACCAAUUAGGUCGCUCGAUGACUGAUGAGAACUACUUUAUCGGCGUCCUCGACAUCGCCGGUUUCGAAAUCUUUGAUAACAACGGGUUCGAGCAGCUGUGCAUCAACUACACCAAUGAAAAGCUGCAGCAAUUUUUCAACCACCAUAUGUUUGUUCUCGAGCAGGAAGAAUAUGCUCGGGAGCAAAUUGAGUGGCAAUUUAUCGAUUUUGGUAGAGACUUGCAACCGACUAUCGAUCUUAUCGAAAUGACGAAUCCAAUCGGUAUCUUUUCAUGCCUUGACGAGGAUUGCGUGAUGCCCAAGGCGACGGACAAGUCAUUUACUGAGAAGCUGCAUUCGCUUUGGGAUCGCAAGACGCCAAAGUAUCGUGCCUCACGCUUGAACCAAGGUUUUGUCCUCACUCACUAUGCUGCUGAAGUCGAAUACACGACACAUGACUGGUUGGAGAAAAACAAGGACCCAAUGAACGACAAUAUCACACGCCUGCUCGCAGCCUCGAAUAAUGAGCACGUAGCAAAUUUGUUCACGGAUUGUGCCGAGGUAGAAGAUGGAAAUGAUCAUCCCAGAAGCCGUGUGAAGAAGGGCUUGUUCCGAACUGUGGCUCAACGACAUAAGGAGCACCUUUCUAGCUUGAUGGUUCAGCUUCAUUCGACACAUCCACACUUUGUCCGUUGUAUUUUGCCAAACCACAAGAAGUGUCCAAAGAUGUUACAGGCGCCCUUGGUUCUUGAUCAAUUGCGAUGCAACGGUGUCUUGGAAGGAAUCAGAAUCGCCCGAACUGGUUUCCCCAAUCGACUUCCUUUUGCGGAGUUCCGUCAGCGAUAUGAGGUUCUAUGCCAAAACAUGCCGAAGGGUUAUUUGGAGGGCCAAAGCGUGGCCCGUCUGAUGCUGGAAAAGCUGGGGAUGGACAAAGCCUGGUACCGGGUUGGACGCACCAAAGUGUUCUUCCGUGCAGGAGUUCUUGCAGAUCUAGAAGAAAAGCGUGAUGAACUUAUCCGAACGAUUAUGACACGAUUUCAAUCCGUGGCACGGGGCUUUGUCCAAAGGCGGAUCUCAAAUAAGCGUUUGUACCGUGCUGAAGCAACUCGCAUCAUACUGCAAAACUUCCACGCCUAUUUGGAGUUGAAGGAUAGCCCUUGGUGGUGCUUGUUCUCCCAAAUGAAGCCAUUGCUCGGCGACACGAGAACUGCUAAAGAGGUGAAGAAGAGAGAUGAGAAGAUUAAGGAGCUGGAGUCCAAGAUGAAGCAAGAAAUGUCUGAUCGGCAAAAGCUCGACGAGGAGCGACGACGUACGGAACUGGAAAUUCAAAAAAUCCAAAAGACUCUCGAAAGCGAACGUGCUCUCGCACUCGACAAGGAAGAGAUUUUCAUGCGCCUUCAAGAUCGUGAAGUCGAAUUGGCAGAGAAACUAGCUGAGGCUAUUACAGAUCAAGAGAAGCUGGAAGAGCAAUUGGAUGACCUUGUGGAUGCAAAGAAAAAGACUGACGAGCAAUUACAAUUGCGGAUCACACAACUUGAACAGGCCGGUCUGAUCAUCCAAAAACUGGAGUCAGAGAAGCAGGCGCUUCAAGCCCAAGUUGAAGAGCUGGACUCAAAACUUGCUGAUCUCGAAGCAGACUUCGCUGGAAAAGACGCUUCAAUACAGGAGCUAGCGCAGGAGAUCAAAAUGCUUCAAAGUCAUCUUGGUCUUAAGGACCGCAAGCUUCAGGAUCUUGAAGCCAAACUAUUGAGAACAGAUCAAGAUCUCGAUGUCAAACUCGCGUCUACCUCGAAGGAACUGGACAAGGCCAAGAAGGAACUUCGCGAUAGCCUAGCGGAAAAUCAAUCGAUUCGCAAGCAGAUCACCGACCUAACAUCUACCACGACCAGUUACGAGGACCUACUUCGCCGAAAGGAGAGCGAAUUGACAGUUCUCAGGAAUGAUCUCAAGAAGUGUGACGAGGACAAGAAAACUGCAGAGGCUGAGAAAAAGUCUCUCAUGAAUCGGCACGACAGUAUGCAGGUCCGGCUUCGAGAGGUGCAGGCUGAGAGAGAUGCCAUGCGAUCUGAGAAAACUCAGCUCGAGCGGGAAGCCGCAGAUGUCAAGCGACUUCUCGACGAGAAGAGGACUGAGGAUGCUGAGGCCGGUGAGAGCAGAAAGCUGUUGGAGCAGCAAGUUCAUGACCUCAAGGCCCAACUUUUCAAAACUGAAGCGGACCUCAGUCGUGAGCGUCAGUCCAGGGACGAUGUCCAAAUGCUUGCUGAGCACAACCUGGCUGAGCUCACUGACAAAUAUGCUGCCUUGAACGAAUCUAAAAUCGAGAUUGAGAAGGAGAUGUACAUCCAGCAAGACAGCCUUCGUCGCGCGAAUGAGGCACGCCUGGCUGCGGAAUCUUCAAGAAAAGAGCUUCAAUCUGAGCUCAUUAAGCUCCGCGAGCGAUUCACCGCUGUGGAAAAUGCGCGCUUGAAUGCGGAAGCUGAAAUCGAGCGAAAGUUGAAGAACCAGUCGGACGAGCGCAUGGCAAGCAUGCGCACUGAUCUCGAGGAGAAGAUGCAGCUUCUCGAUGAUCUCGAAGCUGAGCGUUACCAGCUCUCAGUCCGUGUUCAGGAAUUGGAGCACGCAAUCUCCGAAUCCGACAAUUUCCGUAUUCGUCACGACCAGCAUAAGGCACGUCUAGAGCGAGAGCUUGUGACCUUGAAAGGCCGCCUCACUGCUUCGGAGAAUGAUAAUCGCGCAUUACUCACCAAAAUUCAGCAAAAGAACCUUGACAUCGCCCGAUCGAACUCGAAGGCCAGCGACAGCAAUCGACUGCGACUUUCCAACCUCCAGAAGGAAAAAGAAAGACUGGAGGAAGACAACAAGCGACUUCAAAAGCAGCUUGGGGACUCCCAAUUGACGAUCACAAGCCUCGAAAAGCAAAAGGAGAAGCUUGCUCUGAGUCUGGAAGACCUUAACCAUGAGCUUAAUCGAGAGCACAAGAACAGUCGCAAUGCUGAAAAGGCCGCUUCCACCGCAAAUCUCCAGCUAGCGGAAGUGAAUCGUAAUCUUGAAACUGAGAGACAACUUCGCGGCCAGGCUCAAGCGAACACCAGGCAAAUGCAGACUACUCUCGAUCACGCUAAUAAGGAGAUUGAAGAUCUUCAUCGCCAGUUGAUUGCUCUUCACAGAGUUUUUGAGCCUGAGUCCUCGGAGCCCGAAGAGACUUGGGAAGCGAUACAGCCACAUCUAUCCAAGCGAGUCGAUCUCGCUCAGGUUCUGAAUGGCGUUCAACAUAAACUGCAAGUCACAGAGGAGAAAUAUGCUCGUGCCGAAGGUCAAUUGUCUGAGAUGCGCCGCCGCCAUGCCGACGAGAUGAGGGAGCUUGACUCGAAAUAUUCCUCAUCGAAGCGGGCCUUGCUUGAGGAGAUCGAUCAGAACGAUGUGACAAAUCGUGGGCCUGUGCAUCUGCGGAAGAAUUCAGACAAUGCCUUCAAGAGAGUUUCCAACCCGUCAACACCCCACCGUCGCUACAAUAAUGUGUAUGAAGGUGCCAACGAUUCUGCCAGAUCAGACCGGACUGUCGAUACCCUGGGCUAUCAGAAACGGAUGGAUGCAGCGGGUGAAAUUGAGGAAUUACAAAAUAAGCUGCAAAUGACUGAGAUGCAAAACAAGCACCUUCAAAGCCAGCUUCAGCAAUUUGUUCCUAGUCGCGAUAUCUGGCAAGAUGAGAGUCCCUCCGUGCGCCGAAUGCAAUUGCUAGAACGGGAGAAUGGACGACUUCAUGGGCAGCUUGACGAUUCCGCUAAGAAAGUAUCCGCUCUGGAACGCAGUAUCCGAUCUGGCGAGCUUUCUCUGCGUGACGUGCAAGCCAAGUCCCACGAGGAGCUAUAUGAUUUGAUCAACUCCCAAGAGCAGUCUCGUCGAUCUUUGCUCAAGGUCCAUAACGACGCUUUGACGGAAUUCAGUGAGGCAAAGUCACAGUAUGAGAAGCUCAAGCGUGCGAAAAUGACACUCGAAGUCGAGCUUCGCGAUGCUAAGUCUGAGACUUUGGAGCUUCAGACCGCUCGAGAACAAGAUCAUCUCAGCCGUGAUCAGCUUCUGCAAGAAUUUUCCGAUCUCCAAAUUCGCCUUGAUGCAGAGACAUCGCGUACAGCCGAUCUUGAAUCCACUCUGAGUCUGUUCAAGACCCGAGCGGACGAGUAUUUCAGCAAGCUGGAGCAAGCAGAGAUCGCCGUGCUCAAGGCAUCACGGGCCGAGCAAUUUGCAAAGUCACGAUGCCAGGAAGCCGAAGACACGUGUGCUCAAAUCAUUUCCGAGCGGAAAGAGAUGGAUGCGCUGGUUGAGGAUUUACAGCGUCAAACUCAAUCUUUGGAAGCGCGUAUGGAAGAUCAGGCCGCGGAGCUGCAAGGAGCUCUGCAAGCCAAGCAACGUCUUCAGAAUGAGCUCGAGGACUACCGUAAUCAGCGGGCUAUUGAUAUCGAGGACAAAGAAACUUCGAUGGAGCAAACUCGCCAAAAGUAUCAGCGUGAGUUCUCGACCAUCAAUGGUGAGCUCGAAAUGGAACGUGAGCGAUUACUCAAUGUCCGCGGGGAAAACUCGCGCCUACGUGAGGAGCUGGACGACCUGCGAAGUAAAUGGGAUGAUGAGGUCCUUAACAGCUCGACCUGGGCCAAGGAGAAGGCUCGCCUAGAGCUUGCCAUGCAGGAUAUCGCCAACUCACGAGAUGAAGCUGCGGCUGCGUACAGUGAGGCCCAAACCAAAGUGGUGUCCCUUCUAACGCAAGUGCGAUCACUCCGGACCUCAAUCGAUGAUGUCACAGCGGAGCGGGACUCUCUCCUCAAGGACAAGAAGAUGCUUGAAGGCAGGUUGGCCGAAGCCGCUGAGCGUCUUGAGGAUCUUGCGAAGGGCGAAAGCCCCUCAAUGAGGAACGCUGCGAGCAUGGAUCGUGAAUUACUUGAGCUCAAAUCGAAGCUUGCUCAACAGGAAGAUCUCUCUGCCGCUGCUGUCAACAAAAUGCGCCGCGCCGAUGCACUUGCGACAGAAAUGCAGAAGGAGCUGACGGUCGAGCGUGAGACGGCAGCUCAGCUUUUCAAGGAGAAAGCUGGACUGGAGAAGCAGCUAAAGGAGGUGCAAUUGCGGUGCGUCGACUUGGAGACCAAGGGCUACUCCUCUGGCAGCCAAGAUGUCCGCUUCCUGCACAAGCGCAUCAAAGAGCUGGAAACCCAUCUCGAAGAACAAGAGAGCAAACACACUGCGGAACAGCGCUCUCUCCGCAAUGUAGACCGCACCGUGAAAGAUUUGCAGUCUCAGAUCGAGCGCCGGGACAAGGUGAAUGUUCAACUCAACGAGGAAGUCAGCAAGGCUCGCGACAGGAUCGAGAGACUACUCAAAAACAUCGAAGAGCUUCAGCAAGGUGAUACCGAAACGCAAUUGCAGGCUCGCCGCGCUGAACGUGAUCUUCGCGAAGAACGGGAGAAAGUCCAACUGCUAGAGCGUGAACUGGAGAACUUGAAGGCGAUGAGAAGCACCGCCUCAAUGGGCCGUCCCAUGACAGCGUUUAGUGAAGCUGGUAGUCGACGUGGCAGUGCCGCAUACGGCUAUGAUUCAACGCCGCAACGCAAGCCCAGUAACACCAAGGGCUUUUUGUGA